AUGGCGGGGUUAGUGUUACCAGAGUUGGCAGCUAGCAGUGGCAAGAAGAUGAAGUGUGUGUGCCUGAAUUUACUUCUUGUGCUGGUUCUCUCCGGUGCCGCUAUGUCGCAGAACAUCACUACUACCUUGCCUGGUCACCCUGGUACACUCCCAUUCAGUCUUGAAACUGGUUAUGUGAGUGUGGGUGAUCUGGAUCAAUUGCAGUUCUUUUACUACUUCAUUGAGUCACAAAGGGACCCUGUAAAGGACCCUCUCUUGCUUUGGCUCACCGGAGGCCCUGGUUGUUCUGGUUUCUCUGGCCUUGUUUAUGAAAUUGGUCCAUUAACUUUCGACUAUAUAGCCUUCAACGGUAGCUUUCCUACUUUCGUGGACAACCCAUUUUCAUGGACACAGGUUGCCAACAUUAUCUUCAUAGAUGCACCAGUCGGCACUGGUUUCUCCUACUCAACUGCACAGGAAGGUUACUAUAGCAAUGACACUGAAUCAGCCGAAGCCGUGUACCAAUUUCUACGGAAGUGGAUGCUCAAACAUCCCAAGUUCCGCUACAAUCCACUCUACAUUGCUGGAGAUUCAUAUUCAGGCAUCAUUGUUCCUCAAGUCACUCUUAAAGUAUCAGAUGGUAAUCGUAAUGGAGUCAGACCACCCAUGAAGCUCCAGGGAUAUCUACUUGGAAAUCCUGUAACAGAGUUACACAGGGAUGAGAAUUCAAGAAUAGAAUUUUACCACCGCGUCACACUUAUUUCUAGUGAACUUUAUGCGACAUGGAUUGCAGUCGGCCGUGGAUUUAAUAAUGUACACUUCACCAUCUGUGGCCUGAGCAUCAUAUAA